UGCAUUCGUGGAAGAAAAGCAACUCUAGAAGAGCUGCAGACAGUUCACUCAGAAGCCCAUACGCUGCUGUACGGCACAAACCCUCUGAACAGACAGAAACUGGACAGCAAGAAACUUCUAGGUUCUCUAACGUCGAUGUUUGUCAGGCUUCCUUGUGGUGGUGUUGGGGUUGACAGUGACACAAUUUGGAAUGAAGUUCACUCAUCCGGUGCCGCUCGCCUAGCCGUGGGCUGUGUCAUUGAGCUCGUUUUCAAAGUAGCCACGGGAGAACUGAAGAAUGGAUUUGCUGUUGUUCGGCCUCCAGGUCACCACGCAGAAGAGAGCACACCCAUGGGUUUCUGCUAUUUUAACUCCGUGGCAAUCGCAGCCAAGCUGCUCCAGCAGAGACUGAACGUUAGCAAAAUCCUUAUAGUGGACUGGGAUGUUCACCACGGGAACGGUACUCAGCAGGCUUUCUACAAUGAUCCUAAUGUUCUUUAUAUUUCACUACAUCGCUAUGAUGAUGGGAACUUCUUUCCAGGCAGUGGUGCUCCCGACGAGGUUGGCACAGGAGCAGGAGUUGGUUUCAAUGUUAACAUGGCCUUUACGGGUGGCCUUGAUCCACCAAUGGGAGACACGGAAUACUUAACUGCUUUCAGAACGGUAGUAAUGCCCAUUGCCAAUGAAUUUGCCCCAGAUGUUGUGCUGGUGUCGUCUGGUUUCGAUGCGGUGGAAGGUCAUCCCACACCUCUUGGAGGAUAUAAUCUCUCAGCAAAAUGCUUCGGGUACCUGACAAAGCAGCUGAUGGGCCUGGCCGGGGGUCGCGUCGUCCUGGCCCUCGAAGGAGGCCAUGACCUGACCGCCAUUUGCGAUGCCUCGGAAGCGUGUGUUUCUGCUUUGCUGGGAAAUGAGCUUGAUCCUCUUCCAGAAAAGGUUUUCCAGCAGAGAGCAAAUGCUAAUGCAGUGCAUUCAAUGGAGAAAGUAAUCGAGAUACACAGCAAGUACUGGCAUUCACUCCAGCGUUACGCCUCCACAGUGGGGUACUCCCUGGUUGAGGCACAGAAGUGUGAGAAUGAGGAGGCAGAGACAGUAACAGCCAUGGCAUCUCUGUCAGUGGGUGUUAAGCCAGCUGAGAAGAGACCCGAUGAUGAACCCAUGGAAGAGGAACCUCCCCUGUAGCAUUCACCUUCAAGCUGGAGUUCUCCUGUCUGUUCGUCUUCGUCUUGAAGCUCUGCCAAGAAGCUUUCUCUUGUUACUCCUGCGUCCUGUCAUGGUUUUUUCCAGAAUACGGAAGGACAACCAGGUGUAAAACGAAGCAACCGAAAAAAAUCUCUCCAUAUCUAUAUGCGUCUACAGUAUAUAUUUGCCGAAAAAGAAAAACGCUGGUGAAGAGCAGUAAAGGACUGACAUGAUAGGCACUCUUCCUCUGGUCCUCACUGGGAACGGAAAGGGGAAUGACGCCUAUGAAGUCUUUGGCAGAGUUGCCAAA